AUGUCAUUAGCUGACGCCUACAAUAGACGAGGAAACGCUCGAACAAGUCGCGAAGGACGGUUCUAUGGACUAAUUGUUCGCAAUGAUUUCCCUACCCCAACAAUACCAUCCCCCGACUGGUUACGGCCACGCAAUGCCAGCCCGCCAGAGCGGUCUACCACAGACGGCGCAAGUCCCGAAUUGACUGCCCAGCCUCGACAUCCACAACGACCUCUACCUCCCGUCCCGCCUUUUGACUCCUCUGCGUCGACUUCGAACAUUCCUGACUCGGUAUCACCAUCGCAGGCAUGCAUCGCAGACUCAGUUCCCGACCUUCUGAUCCAGCAGCUAAACUCGAUUUUGCGGACUUUACGUGGCACCUUCGCAGACAAACCACCUCAUACGAUCCAACGACUUGCUGAGCUUGUACUCAACCCUAACAAGCACUAUAAGACUCUACCAGCAUGGCUCAGAGCAGUGGAUCGUGCGGUCUCCGUCACCUCAAAAGCCGAUAUCUUCCCUCUACCACAAGCGCAAUCACUGCCCCAGGGUGUUUUGGAUGGCGCCCUUACGAAUGGCGUGACGAACGGCCUGGGUAGUGGGACAGGCGGUGGAGGAAUCCUUUGGACGAACUCGGACACAAGGGAUGCCGGACUGGGGAGUGAUGAAUCUCUCGGUGGCGCCCUCCUCACUCCAAUCCCGUGGCUGAAGAAUGGCGAGAUUGCAGGCACAACGUCACCAAAGUCGGAUCCCUUAGAUCCAAUUGACAAACCAAGCAAUUCGUUCGUGCCUGAACGUCAGGAUGGCGCGGUCACGCAGGGUGAGUUGAUCAGGAUGGAGCAAGAAGCUGGGAUCGUGCCCGUCAGUCAGACAAUUGGGGAAGGGGGUGUAGAUAUCGAGAACGAGAGCGCAGAGGCUGUACCGCAUGCGCGGGGUCCGGAUGUGGUGGGCGUUGAGGACAUGGGUUUGCAGGACGGCAAGGAUGUUGAAGUGCAGAUUAGCAAAGGGUCGGCGAAGGCUGAAUCGACAACCAUGGAAGAUAUCAAGCCUGGGCCUGCAUUGGAUGAUGCAGUCAUGGCGACGGAAAAGUCGGAGGAAGCAACCCCGACUAAUGGUGACGGCGAUAUCGUGCUUACCGAUGCGGACGGGAAGACCGAAGGGAGCGAGCCCAAGGGAGAUAGUAAGGAUAUCGGCCCAGAUGGUGUAGAUACUUCUGCUCUGUAG